AUGCAGAAAGAAGAACUUGUAAGAGAAGGAAUUACCGAGAUGAGUGAAGGAACCCCACUUCCGUCAAAUCUCCACAGUAUGAAUGCCUACUUGGGUGCCGGACCAAUAGCCCGAGCUUUGGAACGUGGGGCAGACAUCGUUGUAACUGGGAGGUGUGUGGACAGUGCCUUAGCUCUUGGACCUUUAAUGCACUCAUUCAAGUGGAACUCUAAUGAUUUAAAUCUUUUAGCUUCAGGAAGCCUUGCUGGUCACUUGAUAGAAUGUGGUGCUCAGGUUACAGGAGGGAUCUUUACUGACUGGCAGGAAGUGCCUGGAUGGGAAAACAUGGGAUUUCCAAUUGUUGAUUGUAGAGAAGAUGGAAGGUUUAUUGUUACCAAACCUCCUGGUACUGGUGGACUAGUUACAACAGCAACUGUUGCUGAGCAACUUGUGUAUGAGAUUGGAGAUGCAAAACGGUACCAGUUACCCGAUGUUGUGUGUGACUUCUCCAAUGUCCGGUUAAAGCAAGUUGGUG